UCCAAACACCGCUACGGACAUGACUUCUUUUGUUUCAACUUGAUGAUGAAGCAGAAAUAAGGCCCUGGGAACGAGAGUCGACGCGUGACGUCAUAAAUUCGCCUCGUCGUCGUAGCCUGGGUACUAGGCUGAUUUUUUUCGGCCAAUCGUUGAGUGGAACACAGCUAUGUGUAGGUGAUCACUCCAUGUGACACUCAUUUUUUGAAAAAUUAUUUUUUAUUUAAUGCUGAAAAACACGUUACAACACUUGAAACAAUGAUAAAAAAAUAAUAAAUCAAAGCAGAAACAUAACUUAUCACAAGGGGUAUUCACUAGAUAUGAAAAAAAAACAUGAAUAACUGAUUUUGAAAUACAGAAAUACUUAACAUAUGCGCUUAAUCCAUGUGAAACUCUCUAUCGUUAAACGAAUCAAAAAUCAAUUGAAUUUAUUUUAUUUUAUUUAAUUCUACUUGUUACAUGACGAACUGUAUUUGAAAUUUAUAUGAUGUAAUGUUUAAUGGAGAAUUGCGACGUUUUACGUGACUUAGUCAACGGAAACAUAUUGAUCCGAGGCAUCAUUCAUGCCGUCUUUUGUUUACAGCUGAAUUUUUAUUUUUGUUAUUAUCUAUUUGCUUUUUUUUUUUUUAAUAUUUACUAUUUUGUUGGAUAUAAAAUAAUAAGCAAACAUAAGUAAUAAUCAAAGCAAAGCUUUUUUUUCCACUCGCCGUUCCAUUUGUGAUGCUCGCUAACAAACCUAACGCAAAAGUAGAAAAGAGUCAUUUAAAGGUGAAUGUUUUUAUUUGGCGCUGUACAAGUUUAUAGCUGUAGUCACCUGUACAGCUGAAAAUGCUUCGAAAUGAAAAUUUAAAGGUGCUUGGUUGUGCGAGAUCAUAAUAAGUGAAUUUUGGCGACCAUUGCUGUUUUAAAGUUGUUCAACGUCAUGUCCCGUCGUAGAAUGUCGCAGUUUACUCUUUUGAAAGUCGUCUUGACUAGUAGCGAAUAAGACUCACUCUGACGUAUCCCGCCAAUCACGUGUCAAACAUAAUAUCAGUUUAUCACGCCACUUGUGAUCACGUGAUGUUGAUCACGUAGCUUGUCUUCAGUUUUAAAAUGCAAUCGACUUUCUGCGGGCUGGCACCCGCGCUGAAAGAUUUCAAGUUAGUCAGUGUCACGUGUCUUAAAAACAUCCAAUGAAAACGAGCGUUGUUUUGUCAGAUGCAAGAGAUCUCUUGUUUUAUGACAGAAAUAUCAUAGAGGUUUGGUCGUUCAGUUUUAAGCACUUCUAUCAACUGGAUGUGACAAUAACGGCUUAAAACUGUAGAAGAACUCAAAAGAAAUACAGAAAAACAAAAAGGGGCAUGGAUGGACAAAAUUGGAGAAGAUUGAAACGGGUUACAUUAGGGCACACUUGGAAAACGUCCGUGCGACUUUUCUCAAGUUUAUUAAAGUGUUAGUCGGAAAUCAUCCUUUGAUUUGUAGCCGAGAUUUGGCCAAUAAAAGACUUGCUCAGCUAAAUUGAAGUUCAGAACUCUUAGCCAGAAUGCGGAAAAACCUCUACAUACGGGAACGCUUGGUACGUAGGCUAUUAGUUAUGUAGUACGAUGUAUUAAAUUUUUCAAAUGCAGAUGAAAUGUUUUUAGUGUACAAAUGGAGUUUUGUAAUAUAACCUUACUCGUACGUUGUAUGUAAAACCUAAACUAUUGACAAGGAAAGGCUUUCGUAGAUCCUUUACUGUAUUUAUAUAUUUGUUAUUAACACAGUAAGUUUUAUAGUUAUUGACAUCGAAUGGCUGCUCAGAGCAGUCGUACUCUUCACGUUAUCCUAGACAUUGAGCGUUAGAACUUUCCUGUAGUGUGUUAAUUAAAAUUGAGCACGAGAUUUACCUUCUACAGUUCUCAUGUUGCGUUACAUUUGCUGUUCACGUCCUCACGACCAAUAAAAUCAACGGAAACGUUGCUUGACCAAUCAGUUGAUAGAAUAGGCCUUUUCACGGUUUCUGACGCCAUCUUGCUUGGGGGGCAAAUACGGCAAAAGUUACAAAAGUAUGGGGAAAAUGGAGAAUCUGAUAUCUAACAACUCACGGAAAAUUCGAGUUCUGAAGUAUUUAUGAAUUAAAAACUGAAGUUACCGAAUAAAAUCUCAUUUAAGGGGAAUAGCCUCGCUAGAAAAGCCACAAUGAUUAAGGUUUUCAUUUCUCCAUAUAUUUGUCUGUAAAGCCGAGUCGCAAAUUGCGGUAAAAUUUAGAGACAUUUGUAUGAAAAAUAAUUAAAAGUACAAUUUCUCGCCUGACAUCAAGUUUAUGUUCUUCAAAUUUCGUCAAACAAACCCCCUGCUAGAUAUCUGUUCCUUAUGACUCGUUUAAUAUUUAGAACGUCAGUCACUCAACUUAUUGGGCAUCGAACUUAUAACUUUUCUCAUACAUUUACAGCAAUUUUUGCCGUGUUUGCCCCCAAGCAAGAUGGCGUCAGAAACCGUGAAAAGGUCUUUUUUAAAGCGUUAUUUUCUCACGUGAAGUGAAUGACCUUUCGUAGGGUCUUUUGGGAAAUGCCUGCAUAACAUUAGAAUGCAGUAGAUUCCACUUGCUAUAACACCCGGUAAAUAUCUCGAGCCCCAGGCCGUUUCCGGCCCCAACAUGGUCGACAUUAUUUACUCUCCCCAGUCCUUUUGCGCUGUCUCCUGGCUACCAGACGACAGUCGAAAAAAUUCCCUCUUUGCAAACACAAGUAAUGAAAAUUAUUCUGCAAACCCGAUGCAUGGACAAAUCUCUUGAAGUCGAAUUCGUACUGACUAACGUGAAAUUUUCUCGUCGUUGAGAAGAUAUUCACACACAAAAUGAAAUCUCGUUUGACGGUGAUUAUGGUGCUUUUUUGUCUGGUUGUCCUUGAGGGAUUGUUGGUGGGUGUCUUGAUCAACUGGCCUUCGCUUAUAGAGGCACCGAACUCGAAGAUCAAAGAAGCUUUGUACGUUGAUUCACCAGAAGCAAGUUCCGCUUACCUGUUUCAACGAAAGCGAUCAGAUAAUGUUCUUUUAUUUGUGGCAGUUUUGAGUCACGCAGCCCGAAGAGCGAGACGGGACGCCGUGAGGGAAACGUGGUUCACAGAAUGUAAACAAAGGACCGAGGAAGUUUAUUGUGCAUUUUUCACCGAUCAAGCAGGCUUAGAUAACAAAACAAAAAAUGCUGUUGUAAAAGAGUACGAAGAAAAUGAUGACUUGGUUUUCCUUUCCGUUGAAGAUAAUUUGGCUUUUGCGGAGAGGCUUCUUCAGACCAUGGACUGGGCAUUUAAACGUUACAAGUUUGACUUUUUCCUGCGAAUAGAUGAUGAUCAUUUUCUUUGCCUGGAUCGCCUUUUAUAUGAGCUGAAUUUCCGUCCAAAGCAAGCACUUUAUUGGGGAUUCGUUCACUGUCACCCCAAAAUCAUUCGCGUGGACGAGGCGUGGCUGAUUCUAACACGCGACCUAAUCGAGGAGAUUUUGGACAAAAGAAAUUCAACGCUUCUCUGCUCGCCGUACGGAGAUCAAGCAGUUGCUCUGUGGAUGAUGGACAGCGCCAAAAAUGUCACUUAUUUCAUGGACAACAAACGUAUCAUCCACAAAAGCGCCGGGAAAGAUCAGAAUUUUUUACUUAACAAGGAUGUAUGUAUGCAGUAUAUGAGUCUUCACGGGACGUACCCGAGAUCCAUGCGACAAUUUUGGUUAUCUUCCCAUAUUUUGCGGGACAGAGACCCGUUGACUAUAUCGUAUGAUAUUAACGUUAUAGAACCAUUUUCGACGCUUUGUCGUUUUCCGCCAGUGUUUGACUAUAGAGGCUUUAUAAAGGAGUUCCAGUUUGAACCCAAGCCGUGCUAUGAAAAUCCUAAGUGGUCUGUUUCAAAGAAACCUCAUGUCGGUCGAGAGGAGUUUGGGGAGAGAUAUUCAAAAUAUUAGUAAUGUUUGUUUAUCAGUUCUUGACAACAAAAAUUGUGUUUAAUUAACCCUUGAAAACUUUUUGCUCGAUUUAUCUUUCGCCGGCGAACGACCGACUAACAUGUGUGCUAUUUCAUAACAGUAGAGCUAUUCAAGUUGAUCAAGUAUCGUUUAUUAUUCUGUAUAAUUGCUCUUACAAAAGAGGUUCAAUUCGACGGAUACAAUCUAAACUGAGCUUGUUGCUUUUGAGUAAAUUUGGUAGUUUUUACCAGUAGAGAAUGUGCAUAAUUAAGCCUUCAAAUUAAUUAAUUAAUUAAUUAGUUAAUUAAUUAAUUAAGCCUUCAAAUUUGAAAGUGUAUGGAGCCCACCUUGGAAUCAAAUUAUCACAUUUAACUCACAUUUUGCCAGACAGGAUGUUAUAAGCUGUAAUCUAGGUCUCACAAAGCUCCCAGCUUGAAUCUCCUUGACUGUAGCACUGUAUAUAUACGAUUUUCUUUUGUGAAAUACUUCAAAAAAUCUACACAUAUCACGAUACAAAUCCACGGGGGGUCACCUGUCAAUUAAAAACUUUUCAUAACUGAAAAGACAAUUCCCUGUUCUUAAGAACCGUAUGUCAUGUUCCGUACUUGUCUUUCCUUGUUUUGCUGAAGAAGCUGUUGGUAACUGAACACUUCAAAACAGCAGCGUAAAAAAGAAAAUUUAAAGGGUUAAUCCACGGUAUGCCACAGUCAAAGCUAAACAGCAUAUGUCAGCCUCCCCGUUCUUCUGUCAAAUGCAUUGAAACAAUAACCUUUUGAAACUAGGAAACGUUCUCACUUUCACAAGUUUCUCCUCAGACGAUCGCAGAAUGCGCGAGGUAGCAUGCGCAGGAUUUUUGCAAGGCUUAAUUACCAGCCGCUGUUCCAGAAAGGAGCCCGCGCUCUUCCCCCGAAAUCUUCUCGGGAAGGAACAUGGACCGGAGUCGGGAAAGCGGCGGAAAUCGAGUCCAGAUUUUUGCUAAUCAAAAAAUCCGAACAUUUUAUUUGCAAUUUGAAUUUUUCAUAUUCUCCCACUGUGUACUUGACAAUUAAGUGAUAUGGUUAGGAGAAAGUAGAUAUUGGUCAUUCUGAGAAGUUGCCUGCUAAUGUCACCGCCUCCUUUAGGCCCCGUCCACACUACCGGAGGAAUUUCAGUGAAAACGGAGGUUUCACUCUGAAAACGCAGCAAAUGUUUUAAACACACUAUAUAUCGCAGGAAUUUAAGAAAUCACGUGAUUAUCGUGACGUCUUCGUUUUCGAAAAGCUCCGUUUUCAAAAUG